AUGGAAUAGUAUUUAAUUAUAUAUAUAUAGAUAAGCAUAUUCAGUUUUUAUAACAUCCUCUUAUUCUUACAUUCCAUAUUUGUAUUCAGAAUAACAUUAUUAAAAGGUUGCUUUAGCAGAGAAUGCUAUUUCAUUAAGAUAUAUACUUGGACCAAUUAUAGAAUCUAUUUAUAUGCAGUAGGUCCCAUUUAUAACAUUUAUUAUUUUAUCCAUAUUUUAUGGUUAUUAAGUACACUAUUCUAAAUUUUAAAAUAAUAAAAAAGAAUGUGAAAUAGAUAUGAUAGAGAUUAAUUUUCAUUCACAACAUUCUGAACCUUAAUUAGAAUAACCAUAGAGUUAUUUCAAAGUUCUUAAAUAAUAUAAUGUUUAUAUUAAUGCAUUAAUUUUUGCUAUGGUAACUACAUCAAUAAUAUCAAUUUUCCAUUAAUGGCAUAAUAUAUGUAAGAUCACUAUAAAAUUGAAGAAUCUACAAGUAGGAUUUUAUAUCGAAUUGCAACCUAUGUGUUAUACAAUAGCCACUAUUUUGAUUACAAGAAUUUAAAAUACAAAUAAACCAUUGUUUAUGAUAAGAUUUUAACUUUUAAAUGGAAUACCAUUAUUUUUUAUGGUCCUAAUCAUACAUUUACUGGUAUUGAUAGAAAUUUACUUAUUUGUUGUAUCAGUUUAGCCAUAAAUGGAAUUUCAUAAUCAUUUCUGUAUCAAUUAAAAUAUACUAUAUAAUUUAUAUAUAUAUUUUAGCUUAAUUAGAUGAAUCUUUUGAUUGAAUUAUAUCCAAAUUAAGUGAAAUAGUUUAAUAAUUUUGGAUAGCAAUAUUCUUUGCCUCUAUUUAAUUGGAUUAAUUCUCGGGUCCUUUCAUUGGUGGAUUUUUAUCAAAUUUAUGUGUGUGAUCUUGAUAGAAUUGCCUCGAUUUCUGGUUUGUUAGCACUUAUCUUACAUUCCAUUUUUAUAAAAACAUUUGAAAAAAUAGAUUAUGAUUUUUAUUAUUCGUUUUGA